CCUCUCGAACUGUAUGCACUGCAGUGGUCCUCUCUUCUCUGCUGAGUUUUCAUGGCCAGAAAAUCGCAGAAAACCCUCAAGAACACUGACACCAACAACAACACUGCAAAACGCACACGCAAAACCGUUCCGAGAGACUCACCACCACAACGAAGUUCAAUCUAUAGGGGUGUCACAAGACAUCGUUGGACUGGUCGGUAUGAGGCUCAUCUCUGGGACAAAAACUGUUGGAAUGAAUCGCAGAGCAAGAAAGGAAGACAAGUGUAUCUAGGGGCGUAUGAUGAUGAAGAAGCCGCAGCACGUGCUUAUGAUUUGGCAGCAUUGAAGUACUGGGGCCAAGAUACCAUUCUCAAUUUUCCAUUAACAAAUUAUGAGGAGAAGCUGAAGGAAAUGGAGGGUCAAUCGAAAGAAGAAUACAUUGGAUCCUUGAGAAGAAAAAGCAGUGGAUUUUCUCGAGGAGUUUCAAAAUACCGAGGUGUAGCAAGACACCACCAUAAUGGAAGAUGGGAAGCUCGAAUUGGAAGGGUCUUCGGCAACAAAUACCUAUAUCUUGGAACAUAUGGUAAUUUUCUUAGACUAUGAUCUAAUAUUUAGAUU